GCAUGGAUUACUCCCAGGCCUCUAUCUAUUCUUCGACUAUUGACAACCUCUCCCUCUUCACUUGUGUUGAGUGGGGCUCUCACUAGCGCUGCCAGUGGACAAUCAGACAUACACACCCACCUCCAGACACUCGCAUUUCUCAUUUCUUACUUCUAGUUUAAUUUAGAUAGCAAGAGGCAGUGUUUGGGAGCGCGCGCUUUGUGUAGAAAAUCGCCGAAAGUCUUGGCGCUUUACGCGAAGAUUCAAGCCGAAAGAUUCAACAUGGAGUCCCCACCAGAUCCUGCGAGCGACCCGAGCAACGGCGCCUCCGAGCCGGCUACCCCGCUCAGGGAAACCCCGGUAAACCUCGAGACGCUCCGGAAAGCGGACCAUCCAGCCCCGGUUCGAAGGCAAACCUGCUCCAGCACCAACAGAGGUAUCUCAGUAACGAAGAAGACGCACACUUCUCAAAUCGAAAUAAUUCCCUGCAAGAUUUGUGGAGACAAAUCGUCAGGCAUCCAUUAUGGAGUGAUCACAUGUGAAGGCUGUAAGGGCUUUUUCCGCAGGAGUCAACAGAGCAAUGCAGCCUACUCGUGCCCACGUCAGAAGAACUGCCUGAUCGACCGCACCAGCCGCAACCGCUGCCAGCACUGCCGGCUCCAGAAGUGCCUGGCCGUGGGCAUGUCCCGGGAUGCGGUGAAGUUUGGGCGAAUGUCAAAGAAGCAGCGCGACAGCCUGUACGCCGAGGUGCAGAAGCACAGGCUCCAGCAGCAGCAGCGUGACCACCAACAGCAGCCGGGGGAGGCGGAGCCUCUCACCCCCAGCUACGGCCUCUCAGCCAAUGGGCUCACAGAGCUGCACGACGACCUCAGCGGCUACAUGGACGGCCACACCCCCGACGGUAAACCGGACUCCGCGGUCAGCAGCUUCUAUCUGGACAUCCAGCCCUCGCCCGAUCAGUCCGGCCUGGACAUCAACGGCAUCAAACCAGAGCCCAUCUGUGACUUUGCCCCUGGCUCCGGCUUCUUCCCCUACUGCUCCUUCUCUAAUGGAGACAGUUCCCCCACCGUGUCCAUGGCUGAACUGGAGCAUUUGGCCCAGAACAUCUCCAAGUCGCACAUGGAAACGUGUCAGUAUCUGCGGGAGGAGCUGCAGCAGAUGACCUGGCAGGCCUUCCUGCAGGAGGAGGUGGAGAGCUACCAGAGCAAGCCUCGGGAAGUCAUGUGGCAGCUGUGUGCGAUCAAAAUAACAGAAGCCAUUCAGUAUGUGGUGGAAUUCGCCAAGCGCAUCGACGGCUUCAUGGAGCUGUGCCAGAAUGAUCAGAUAGUGCUGCUGAAAGCAGGCUCUUUGGAGGUGGUGUUCGUCAGGAUGUGUCGUGCCUUUGACUCACAGAAUAACACAGUGUACUUUGAUGGGAAAUACGCUGGACCAGACGUCUUCAAGUCUUUAGGCUGUGACGACUUGAUCAGCUCCGUCUUCGAGUUUGGGAAAAACUUGUGUUCUAUGCACCUGUCUGAGGAUGAGAUGGCGCUGUUCUCCGCCUUCGUGCUGAUGUCUGCCGAUCGCUCUUGGCUCCAGGAGAAGGUGAAGGUGGAGAAGCUGCAGCAGAAGAUCCAGCUGGCUCUUCAGCACGUUCUGCAGAAGAACCACAGAGAAGACGGGAUUCUCACAAAGUUGAUAUGCAAAGUGUCUACCCUGCGCGCCCUGUGCAGCCGGCAUACAGAGAAGCUGACGGCGUUCAAAGCAAUAUACCCAGACAUUGUGCGCGCCCACUUCCCUCCGUUAUACAAGGAACUCUUCGGCUCGGACUUUGAGCAGGCCAUGCCGGUGGACGGGUAGCAGCUCGCGGGCCUCGGGAGGAGAGGAGAACAUCGGACACUUUAGCGGAGGCCUGAGCCGAGCCGGAGGAGGAAGGAAGGAAGGAAGGGAGGAAGGGAAGUCGGGAUUGGUUCUGCAACUCGCGUUCGGUUCGAAGAGUCACGGCCCCUCCUCAUCGUCAUCACUUCAGCCUGAACUGGACCCGUGUGCGCUCUUCGCUCUUCGCUCUUCAUCUCACUCUCGAUGCUUUAUUUGCGCAUCUUUUUGAAAUAAAACAAAGCCAGGCCGACAUUCGCAACAUUCGCAACGUUCAGUAUAAGCACUAACAUGAUCAGUAUUAUUUCGUAGAAUGAUUACAGCGCUUCUGUUUUAACCCGUUUCGAGACGCACGCCCGGUCCAGUUCAGCCGUCUCUGUCUCCGUCUGCCGCAGAGCUCGC